UGGGUGUAUUUUUUUAUAACCAAAAAUCGAUAUUUAAUUUUCUUCAAUUUUUACUGAAAAUUUUAGAUGGAGACAGUUAGCUGAAAUAAACGGACGCCACGUGUGACCCACCGUCAUUGACGCAAUUAUUUAUUUAUUACCCGACCAAGACGUAACUGAAGACACAGAAGAAAAGACCAACCUACUUUUACUUGUUCUUUCCAUGAUCCUAUGAAGAUUAUUGAAAAAUAAACUAAUGAGUCACAAAUUCUUACUUCGAUGUGCAAAUCUAAAAAGAGCACCACCGUGGUGCAACCCACAAACAGAAACCCUAGACGAACUUCAUCUUCUCCUUCGUCUUCGAAUUUUCUAUCUUCCAACAGUGAAGUUCCAAUCACAGAAUCAAGAAGCUACGUAUACGGUGGAAAAGAUAAAGAAUGGUCCAAAACCUCUUCUUCUUCCGUUUCUAGCCACGCUUCGCUUGCAAGCCUCAAACACAAUCUUCCAGAAAACCCUCACAUAUACCCUUUCUCUGAGAUCUCAACCGCCACCGCUAACUUCUCCGCCAACCGUCUCUCAUCCAACUCCUUCCGCUGUUCGCUACGUGAUCGGGAGGUUGUUGUUUUCCAGCGGAAAUUCCGCCGUCAGUUAGACCUUCCGGAGCUUCGUGACCGUCUCGCGAUUAUCUGCCGGAGCCAUCAUAGUAGUCUUGUUAAACUCCUCGGAGCUUCUGUUUCUGGUAACUGCAUUUACCUCGUUUAUGAAUUUGUUCCCGGUGCUAACCUUUCUGAUUGCCUUCGAAAUCGCCGGAACCCUAGCUUCACCAGUCUCUCCACGUGGACCUCACGGAUGCGAGUCGCCUCCGAUCUUGCUCACGGUCUUGAUUAUGUCCACAAUUCCUCCGGUUCGGGUUCUGGUUUCGUUCACAACCACAUCAAAAGUUCUAGCAUAAUUGUUUCAGAAGAGAACUUUGGCGCUAAGAUUUGUCACUUCGGUACGUCGGAGCUCUGCGGCGAGUCCGUUGGUGAGUCUUCUGAAACGGUCUCCGGCAGGAAUUUGAAGAAGUCCGGUAGCCGUGGGGUGAGGUUUGAGGGGACGAGGGGGUACAUGGCGCCGGAAUUUCUUAUAACCGGCGCGGCAACGCAGAUGACGGACGUGUACGCUUUCGGCGUGGUGGUUCUGGAGCUUCUGAGCGGGGAAGAAGCGGUGAGAUUUGAAUUGGAAGGUAAUGACGGCGGGUACAGGAGGGUGAGUGUGGUGGAUACGGCGAUGGAGGCCUGGAAGGAGCACGGCGGAGUGAGAAAAUGGGUUGAUCGGAGGCUGAGGGAUUCGUUUCCGAUGGAUGUGGCAGAGAAAAUGAUUCGGGUCGGAUUGGAUUGUGUCGGGGAGGAUCCGAAAGAAAGACCGGAUAUGGGUCGGGUAUCCAUGGAAGUAUCCAAGUUGUAUUUGGAGUCGAAGGAGUGGGAGGAAAAAUUAGGAACUAACUUUGAUUUUUCGGUUUCAUUAGCCCCACGGUGACGCACGUGUUUUACUUUGUUUAUUCUGCUCUUUUGUUAGGUAAUCUAUUCUCCUUUUAGUUUUUAGUCUCCACUUAAAAUGUUAAGAUUUUUAAAAGUGAGAGAUUGAUCAAUGGUA